AUGCACACGACCCAGAAGGACACGACGUACACCAAGAUCUUCGUCGGGGGGCUGCCCUACCACACCACCGACGCCAGCCUGCGCAAGUACUUCGAGGUCUUCGGCGAGAUCGAGGAGGCGGUGGUCAUCACCGACCGGCAGACGGGCAAGUCCCGGGGCUACGGAUUUGUAAGUUGUGCGGCUGGGGGCUGGGGUGGGGUUGGGGAGGGGGAGGUCACCAUGGCUGACCGAGCUGCUGCUGAGAGAGCCUGCAAGGACCCGAACCCCAUCAUUGAUGGCAGGAAAGCCAACGUGAAUCUGGCAUACCUGGGCGCAAAACCAAGGAUCAUGCAACCAGGUUUUGCCUUCGGUGUUCAACAGCUUCAUCCGGCCCUCAUACAGAGACCUUUUGGGAUCCCCGCCCACUACGUGUACCCGCAGGCGUUCGUGCAGCCCGGCGUGGUCAUCCCGCACGUGCAGCCCACGGCCGCCGCCGCCUCCACCACCCCGUACAUCGACUACACGGGCGCCGCCUACGCCCAGUACUCGGCGGCCGCCGCCGCCGCCGCCGCCGCCGCCGCCUACGACCAGUACCCGUACGCCGCUUCGCCGGCCGCCGCCGGCUACGUCACCGCGGGGGGCUACGGCUACGCAGUGCAGCAGCCAAUCACCGCCGCCGCCCCCGGGACGGCAGCCGCCGCCGCCGCGGCCGCCGCAGCCGCCGCCGCCUUCGGCCAGUACCAGCCGCAGCAGCUGCAGACCGACCGCAUGCAGUAG